CAGGUGGUUGAUGCAUUAUGCAACGUGGUAUCAGCAUCACCUACAAAAGCUGCAACAGCUGUUGUUCUUCAGGUCCAGACUUUACUCCACUUGAACUAUUUACUGAGAUAAAAUUCGUGAACUUCUCUUUUUGGGCCAGUGACUUAAAUGUCACCUAUCUAUGAUAGGUGGACACCAAAAGGAUAGAAAAGUCAAAACUACCUUCGCUAUGUUUAAAGACUUACUAAAAUUAAUGACUUGUUUAUGUUGUCUUACAUUGGCAAUUUGCCGCACAGCAGGCUUCCUGUUAUCGGUCUCUUAUUCCAGUUUAUUUUUAAAUUGUUUUAGCUUGAUGGAUUCAUCUGUUUAGUUACUUUCCUGCCUCAUGUGUUUGUCAGGCGGAGAGAGAAUUGCGACCUUGGAUUGCUAAAGAUGAUGAUCUUGGUCAAAAGAUGUGGAGAAUCAACCAGCGUGUAGUGAAGCUGAUUGUGGAGCUAAUGAGGAAUCAGGAUAAUCCAGAAUCAUUGGUAAUUUUAGCAAGUGCGUCGGAUCUCCUCCUUCGUGCCACAGAUGGGAUGUUGGUUGAUGGACAAGCAUGCACUUUACCACAGCUGGAGCUCCUGGAAGCAACAGCUAUAGCAAUUCAAUCAGUGCUCAAGGGGGGAGAAUCUGGAUUGGUAGUCGCAGAUGGUCUUUCAAAUCUGUUGAAGUGUCGCCUACCAGCUACUGUUCGUUGCAUUUCUCAUCCAAGUGCUCAUGUUCGUGCUCUUAGCAAAUCAGUACUACAUGCUAUUUUGCUCACUGGUUCAAUAAAAUCGAGUGGUAGACAAUUGGACAUAAAUGGCAUCCAUGGUCCUGCUUAUCAGUACUUAAAUGCAGGAAAUAUCGACUGGCAAGCAAAUAUUGAAAAGUGUCUUACAUUGGAAGCUCAUAGCCGACUUGCAACCAGAAUGCCAAUUGAAUUUCUAGAUACUGCUGCUAAGGAAUUAGGAUGUACUAUAAUCACUUGACACUAACUUGGCAUUUGGCUGCGCCAUUAUGUUUCCUCUUGUAUUUGAACAUAAUCAACAAGGAUGGGAUAUCAUUGGCUUCAAGGACGCAGGAAGGCCGGAGAAGUUGCUUAUUUCUGUGCUUGUUACGGAUUUAAAGCCUCGGGAUGUUAUUGCAAUCCUUCACACGAUGAUGAUUGUUGUACAGUGUGACUCUAGGCAUUGACUUGGCUAGAGUUCGAGCCCUGUUUUUUUUGACUUAAGUGGCUCGAGUAUGCUUUGUUUGUUAUAGACCCAAACCCUAGCUUGGUGGUCAGAUAUGUACAUUGAAUAUAUGUUUUUUUCUCACAACAUAAUCAUGAGAAGGCAUGGCUAGCUUUGCAGCUCAGGCCGUUUCCUUCUUCAUUGUUUCAAUGCUCCCGAGUUAUCAUGGUUUCUAGUUGGACAAAAUGCAUAAACCUCUUGUAGAUUUCUGUACAUGGCGAAUGGAACUUUCAUUAUACGA